AUUUAGUUAAACCUGGUGAUUGGAAUAAGAACUAAUCACCUUGUCUGCUGUUGAAGGUCAUUUUUUCAAAAUAUAUAAUUUAGCUUGUAAUAUCUGCUAAAUUAUUUGAAAAUUAGAGAAGACGAAGUAUCCUCCUAACACCAUGGAUGCUUCGGUGUCAUUUUCUGACGCUACUGUCACAGACGGGGUUUGUGCAACUCAAGAAAGGAGGAGGCAUCUGAGUAAAGGGAUGUCAAUAAUUGCUGCUGCUGGGAGAGAGGGUCACAAAGUUGAAAAAAAUUCCUAUGCUGGCAAAUCAAUUGCAGUCUUCACAAGUGGUGGUGAUGCACAGGGCAUGAAUGGAGCUGUGCGAGCUGCUGUAAGAAUGGCAGUGUAUUUAGGCUGUAAGGCUUACUUCAUCAAAGAGGGCUACCAAGGCAUGGUUGAUGGAGGAGACAAUAUUGUUGAAGCUCAUUGGAAAAGUGUCUCGGAUAUUAUUCAAAGGGGAGGCACAAUCAUUGGUAGUGCUCGUUGUAAGGAAUUUCGCGAACGUGAAGGUCGCAAGAAGGCAGCGUAUAAUCUCAUCCAGAAGAACAUUACAAACCUUGUUGUGAUUGGUGGAGAUGGAAGUCUCACAGGAGCUAACAUGUUUCGCCAGGAGUGGUCUGGUCUGCUUGCUGACCUUGUGAAAGAAGAAAAAAUCACACAAGCUCAAGCAGACAAGUGCAUGCAUUUGAACAUAGUGGGUAUGGUAGGCUCAAUAGACAAUGAUUUCUGUGGCACUGAUAUGACAAUAGGUACUGAUUCUGCACUUCAUAGGAUCAUUGAGUCUGUGGAUGCCAUUGCCACAACAGCAUCUAGUCAUCAGAGAUGUUUCAUCCUUGAAGUGAUGGGUCGGCAUUGUGGCUACCUUGCCUUGGUGGCUGCUUUGGCCAGUGAAGCUGAUUGGGUCUUCAUUCCUGAGUGGCCACCAGAGCAUGGGUGGGAGGAUGUAUUGUGUAGCAAACUUGCGAAUGAACGAGCUUUAGGUUAUCGCCUAAAUAUCAUCAUCGUCGCAGAAGGAGCCCAAGAUAGUGAUGGGAAUAAAAUCACAGCUAAUUUAGUAAAAGAUUUGAUCACAGACCGCCUGAAGUAUGACACAAGGGUGACAGUCUUGGGACAUGUACAAAGAGGUGGAAGUCCUUCAGCAUUUGACAGAGUUUUGGGUUGUCGUAUGGGUGCUGAAGCAGUGUUAGCAUUGAUGGAGGCAACACAAGACACCCCACCCUGUGUUGUGUCCCUGGAUGGCAACCAAACUGUCAGAGUGCCCCUCAUGCACUGUGUCGACAAAACAAGGGGUGUUCAAAAAGCUAUGGAUGAAAAGAACUUUGAACUAGCUGUCCAAUUAAGAGGAAGGAGCUUCCAGAAUAACCUUAACAUGUAUCGCAAAUUAAGUAAGCUGAAACCGCCAAAAUCUGUUUGCGAUGCAACAGGCCAUUCAAUAACAAAGCCUAAUGAGCAGGUGCCAUUUAAUCUUGGUGUGAUGAACGUAGGUGCACCAGCAUGUGGCAUGAAUGCUGUAAUGAGAUCAUUUGUGCGUCUUGGUCUCACCCAGGGAUACAGUGUCCUUGGCAUUCAUGGGGGAUGGGAGGGACUGGCCAAUGGAGAGGUUCUCCCUAUGUCCUGGACUGAAGUGCAGGGUUGGUCCGGCAAAGGUGGCUCUUUCCUGGGCACUAAGAGGACUUUGCCUGAUAAAGUAGGCUAUGCCAAAGUAGCUGCACAACUGAAAAAACAUAAAAUACAUGGACUGCUGUGUAUAGGAGGUUUUGAGGCAUAUAACAGUAUACUGCAGUUGUCUCAGAAGCGAAGCGAGUUCCCAGAAUUCUGUAUCCCAGCCAUUGUUAUCCCAGCAACCAUUAGCAACAAUGUACCAGGAACAGACUUCAGUCUAGGAGCAGAUACAGCCCUCAAUGAGAUUGCAGAUAUUUGUGACCGUAUCAAACAAUCGGCCACUGGUACGAAGCGACGUGUUUUUGUCAUAGAAACAAUGGGAGGCUUUUGUGGUUACCUGGCAACCCUCAGUGGACUUGCAGGGGGUGCCGACCAGGCUUAUAUAUUCGAGGAACACUUUGAGAUUAAGGACUUACAGGCUGAUGUAGCUCACUUGGGAACUAAAAUAGCGGAUGGUAUACAGAGAGGGUUAAUCAUCAGGAAUGAGAAGGCAAACUCUAACUAUACAACAGACUUCAUUCACCAGCUCUACACAGAGGAAGGAAAGGGCAUAUUCAGCUGUAGGAAAAAUGUCCUUGGUCACAUGCAACAGGGUGGAGUUCCAAGUCCAUUUGAUAGGAACAUGGCAACUAAACAAGGAGGCAAAGCUGUAGAUUUCCUCAUAGAGAAAAUACAAGAGAACAAACGUGAUGAUGGCACAGUCUACACCGAUGAUAUUGAUACUGCGGUGCUACUUGGGCUCGUCAAAAGACAAUCUGUAUUCACACCAGUUGAGGAACUGUCAGAAGAGACAGAUUUCACGCAUCGUAUCCCUAAAGAUCAGUGGUGGCUGAAACUACGCCCUCUAUUGAGAAUCCUAGCGAAGCACGAGAGCACAUAUGAGGUUGAAGGAGUGGAGGUGGAGUCAGACUCAGAAGUUGAUUAACGAUAUUAACACAUAGCAAAUCGACAAAGUAUUGGCUUCAUCUAGAAUGGUGAAAUAACAAUGCACUUCUAGAUCUGUGUCGUACAAAAAGAGUCAUUUCUUUUUUGAGGAAAUCGAGAAACAAUGGAUAUUCACUAGACUAAUGAAAGCCUAAUUUUGCCUCAAAUGAUGAUGCUAUUUAGAGUGAAAAGUCUCCCUUAGUUGCAAUAAAUGCUUUACACUUUAGUUAAGUUUAGCUUGUUUGGAUCAAAUACCUGUACAGUGAAGUGUGUGUAAUGUGUUUGAUUUGGAAGUUUACUGCAGCUGAAGUAUUGUAGGCACUACGGAGACUAGUCAGUCUUAGAUCAAAGCCAGGAAUACUAGGAUUAAAGCUAAAUGGAAGCAUACAAAAAAUGUAAUGCAUUAUUUGCCAAAGCCUGAUUUUAGUGUGAAAGACAGUUGAUAAGAAUGCUAACUUGUUAAUGUAUCUGCCAUUUUAAUUGUAGUAGGCAUUUGAGUCACAUUUCCAAAAUUCCAGUUUGCCAA